AUGGCACUGGAUAUGAAUAUCGAUGAAUUACUGGUCAUCGGAGAUUUUGACUUGCUGAUUAGUCAAGUACAAGGCGAAUGGGCCACCAAGAACGAAAAGAUCUUGUCAUAUGUGAACUUGGCACAAAGAUUAUGCAAGAAAUUCAGAAAGAUUGAAUUUCGACAUACGCCGAGGGCUCAGAAGGAAUUUGCCGACGCCCUGGCCACAAUAGCAUCAAUAAUCCAGCAUCUUGAAAGUAGUCGCAUUGACCCACUAAGGAUAAGUCUGAAAGAAGAGCAUGCCCACUUUUGCCACGUGGAAGCUGAGCCAGAUGGAAAAUCAUGGUACAACGACAUCAAAAUGUAUCUAGAAAAACGGGAAUAUCUCGAAGGCAUUACAAAUAGACAAAAGAAGACCAUCAGAAGAAUGGCAAAUGGCUUCUUCCUAAACAAGGAAAUAUUGUACUAA